AUGAGUAUUUGGUAUUCUUUUUGUAAUAUUUUUGGAUAUGGUGUAGAUUUUCAUGUUAAUACUGCUGCUGAAUGUUUAUUAACUUUUGGUUUAUAUAUGUUAAGUUUAAUAUUAGUAGUUACCUAUACUGCAAAUUUAGCAUCUUAUUUAACAAUAUCAAAAUCAAAAGAUAUUAUUUCAGAAAUAAACAGCUAUCGAAAUUAUUAUCCAUUAAAAUCUCAACAAAACUUAUAUGAUAGUUUACUUGCUGGGAUUAUUGAUGCAUCUUUUAUGGAUAAUGGUGUUAGUGAAUAUAUUACUAAUAAUAUUUAUUGUAAUUUAACUUUAGUUGAAGAUGAUUUUGAAAAAGGAGUUUUUGGAAUUGUUACACCGAAAGAAUGGUUAUAUACUAAAGAUUUAGAUGUUAAUAUUUUAUUAUUAAGCGAGUCAGGUCAACUUGACUAUUUAAGACAAAAAUGGUUUCAAAAAUGA